AUGAUUCUAUCUAUCUAUCUAUCUAUCUAUUUGAUUUACAUCUAUCUAUCUAUCUAUCUAUCUAUCUAUCUAUCUAAUAGUGUUCAUUAUCGAUCUAUCUAUCUAUCUAAUAGUGUUCAUUAUCUAUCUAUCUAUCUAUCUAUCUAUCUAUCUAAUAGUUAUUUCAUUAUCUAUCUAUCUAUCUAUUUCAUUAUCUAUCUAUCUAUCUAUCUAUCUAAUAGUUUAUCUAUCUAUCUAUCUAUCUAUUCUAGUGUUCAUUAUCUAUCUAUAUCUAUCUAUCUAUCUAUCUGUUCAUUAUCUAUCUAUCUAUUUAUAAUAUGUAUCAUUAUCUAUCUAUCUAUCUAUCUAAUAGUUGUUCUAUCUAUCUAUCUAUCUAUCUAUCUAUCUAAUAGUUGUUCAUUAUCUAUCUAUCUAAUAGUGUUCAUUAUCUAUCUAUCUAAUAGUGUUCAUUAUCUAUCUAUCUAUCUAUCUAAUAGUGUUCAUUAUCUAUCUAUCUAUCUAAUACUGUUCAUUAUCUAUCUAUCUAUCUAUCUAAUAGUGUUCAUUAUCUAUCUAUCUAUCUAUCUAAUAGUGUUCAUUAUCUAUCUAUCUAAUAGUGUUCAUUAUCUAUCUAUCUAUCUAAUAGUGUUCAUUAUCUAUCUAAUAGUGUUCAUUAUCUAUCUAAUAGUGUUCAUUAUCUAUCCAUCUAUCUAUCUAUCUAAUAGCGUUCAUUAUCUAUGUAUCUAA